CGCCGAUUCUCUGAUCCCGUCUUCGCGAGCCGAAAGCCCACGGUAUUCCUGCCUCCGCUAUCUUCUCCGACUUCGAUCUUGUCCGGUGCCCGUGAACGAGAAGUAGGAUUUAUCCGAGUCAAGAUGUAUGGGAGACUCGCAGCCCAGCUGUUCAGAGAACUAGCAUGCUCUGAAGCUGGACAGGUUGCAGCUUUCAAUGGUGAUACAUUUGAUGAAGUUACUAAAGAAUGUGAUGAGCACAACUUGCAACUCCAGUCCUUGAUCAGGGUAAAGUGGCAUGCAUAAUGGAGUUCCAGUUAUGUUGCAUACCUAAUUGAAACGCACAACUAUAGUUGAAGAGCUCCGGAAGCAAAGUGUGGAGAAGUGAAAGCGUGGCUGGAGCUGGGAAUGCUUCUGGGUCAGGUAUGGUACAUGCUCCAUCCAUGGUCUAAAUUGUUCAGCAUUAGAAAAAGCACUCGUGGUCCCAGAGAAGCAGGACCAUCAAUCAGUUGCCAGGGCCCAUGUGCUGCACUCGCUACAUCUUUUUGGUUGGUCCAAUCAAAGCCUUCCAACUUUGGAUUUGGGGGACCAAAUGGGUUGCUUUCUUUAUGGGCUUCCACAUUCUCACUUCUUGUGGCUCCAUGGGUGCAGCCAGAAAGGAUCUCGUAUCUGAAAAUAUAAGUCAUUUCACCAAAUAUAAGCUAUUUCUCUUCUUCUUUUUUUCUUUUUUUUUUUCUGACCACAGUUUUCUAGCCAAAUUGAGUCUUAAAAGAAAAUGGAAAGAAAACGGUCCUAAAAGAAAAUUAGAAUAAAACAGUCAGCUCGGCGCCGAGGAACGGCUUCAUGUGUAAAAAUGUUUGAUGGCCCACGAUCCCUGAACCUUGCUCUGUUUUGACCCUUGCAAAACGGUCACAGCGACGUCCUACCAGCCCUUUUGAGGAGUCUAGCGUAAUGCCCCUAUCAGUUGGAAGUUGGAACCACCAAUUACUUGAUGCCAUGUUUUCUUUUAGGGAGUGUUUUCGAAGCUAAGGAUGUUCUGGUUUGCCCUCUACCUUCGUAUCGGCCAUUGCUCUUAAGCGCCACCGUCUCUUCCUUUUGAUUUUAUCCAUGAUCGGCAACAUCCCCUUUUAUGGUUAAUGCUUAAUUACAUAGGUAAUGGCUCAGGGCUCAUAAACUAUUUCUUAAAAAAAGAAGCGGGAUGGGUGAUCGAGACGAAUAGUGCAAGUCAAGCGACAUCCAUGCGUGUUUGGGCUUCCCUUCCGAGUAGGGAGUGAUCCGUAGUAGACGUUUUAUUAAUUAUUUUCGCAGGAAUGGCGGAGCCCUUUGUGUCGAUGGACUUGGGCUCGAAGGGCCCAAUUGUUUCGAAAACCCAGAACCUCCGGAAACGAUCCGCUUAGAUUUCUCUAGAACCUGGUGUUGAUUCUUCUUGGAUACCGUCAUCAUGCCUGUAGGGCUGCUUUCCCGUGGCGGGGAAGCUUUCCUACUGAGAUAAACAUUGAUUAAACCGAGUACACGCUUGGAUUAGCUUCCCAGCUGGCACAAAAUUUCGCACAGAAAUAGGUAAAUACGGAUACCAUGUCGUGGCUUAGGCGUAUCAGACGCGCACGUCCUACCAAAUUUAUCGGCAACGGAAAUACUUAAACAUGAUUUGCAGCUUCUGUGGAUGGUGUCAAAAGAGGGGAAAAAAAUCUGUAGACUUAGAAAGAAAUAUGCGACAUAUAUGAUUGCAUGCAAAAAAUCAAUGCGAACUUCAGCCAUAACAAUAUGACCACAUAAAACAUCACGAGGAUGGUGACGAAUUAAGAUAAAUGCGUUUCUAAUCAACAUAUUGGAUAUGGUGGUCAAAUUGGUGCCAAUGCUUAUCUGCUAAUCAAUGUAUGGGAUGGAGGGCCACAUGCUUGGUGAAAUCGGAUGGGCAGAAUUUCCAUCACGGGAAUAGAUGAUUAUGAGAGUAAGAGUGGGGACAGUACAAAUACAAUCUUUGAAGGAAAAGAAGGCAAUUGCUUGGCUGCAUGCUGUGCAGUCCUUUUCUUUCCAUGGCUCUAUUUGAGUAUAGAAUGGAGAAAAUCAUGUUUAAUACGAUUUAAGAUAGGUGUUAGAUGGAAUCAUAAUGAGCGCUUAAUUUGAUAGCCUCUAGAUUCUAAGCAUAAAUUAUGAUGCAUUAAAUUAUUGCGGCGACUCUUGAUGCUGCGAGGAGGCUCAUAAAACAUGGUCACUUUGAUACGCUAGCCCUUCAAUAUAUAUAUAUAUAUAUAUAUAUGUAUGUAUGUAUGUAUGUAUGUAUGUAUCUCUCUUAAAAAAAAAAAAAAGGCAAAAAAAGAAAAUGUAUUAGACCUUAAAAAAGGGAGGUGGAGACGGUAAAAACAGCCAGCGCAUCUCAUGAGUUGGAUAGCGAUUCGCCUGCCCUCGUGAUUGCAUCCAUUUCAUACGAGAUUAGAAUGCAAUUAAUUCCCCAGGGCCGCUGAAUCCGAGUGCUCCGUGGCACCUGAUAGACUCAUCGGGCAAUAAAUUAUCUAAAUAUCAAAAAGGGAAAUGCCCUUAAAUUGGAGGAGGAGAUCCAUCGGAGAGAGCGAGACGGGAGCGUCUGUUGGCGGUGGUCGAUCCCUCGAUCCACGCCUUCCAUUUAUUAGCCGUAGCCGCAAAUAUUUCAAAAGUGAAAAAAAGGGCGCUCUCGCUCUCCCACUCACGGAGGGCUUGCGCGAGGGCUGGCGCCAGUAAUAAUAACGUCCAUGGCCACCCCCAAGUCCAACCUCCAAUAUAUAAAAAAAAAACGGAGGAAGAAAAAGGAAAGAAAAAUGAUAUGGAGCAGCCCCCACAAGGGCAAGGCCUUCUCCACUUCAUAUGUGCAGGAGGCCCCCCCUUGUACCGACCAGAGGAUCCUAAGAGGCACCACUGUCUUCCAUUAGCCCACCGUGGAGCCUCCGCCCUCCAUCCCCUUUCAUUUCUGGGUUCCUGGGCCUCUAGAUCCCUCCGAAGAGCUCGCUUCCUCGCCCUGAGGAAGCCCGGCCGCAGGCUUGCAUUCGACGAAUCAGGGGAGCUCGAGAUGGAGGACGUGAACGAGGGUGGCCUUGCCGAUCGUGGCUUCGACGGCGUUGUUGCACAAGGCGAGACCUUCGUCGAUUCGCUGGAGGUUGAGAGCCAUGGGAGCAGCAGCAGUUCGACCUCCGAAACCUCCUUCGGUGAAGAGCCACAAGGCCGCAUUAGCGGCUCCGACGAAUCAUCCAAGCACCCGGCGACAUUGGGUUGGGCAAAGCAGAGUAGCGUGCAAUCUCAUCUAGCUGCCAAUGUGGAGAAAACCCAACAGGACGAUGAGAGAAAACCUAAUGUUUCUUCAGAGAUUGAGAUGAUGAAGGAAAGAUUUGCCAAGUUGUUGCUUGGAGAAGACAUGUCGGGUUCCGGGAAAGGAGUGUGCACUGCACUGGCUAUUUCAAAUGCUAUUACGAAUCUCUGUGCCACGAUUUUUGGGCAGCUUUGGAGGCUAGAGCCUGUGACCCCUCAGAAGAAGUCCAUGUGGAGAAGAGAAAUGGAGUGGCUUCUCUGUGUUAGCGAUCACAUCGUUGAACUGAUACCCGCUUGGCAAACAUUUCCUGAUGGGAGCAAGCUUGAGGUCAUGACUUGCAUGCCACGGUCUGAUCUAUACGCCAAUCUUCCGGCGCUGCGCCAACUAGACAAUAUGCUCCUUGAAAUAUUGGAUAGUUUUAGCGACCCAGAAUUUUGGUACGUCGAUCAAGGAAUAGUAGCAACUGAUUCUGAUGACUCAGCCUCUUUCCGGAGAACUCUUCACCGUCAAGAAGAGAAGUGGUGGCUUCCCGUACCUCGUGUCCGUCCUGGUGGUCUCCACGAGCAGACAAGAAAACAAUUGCAGCACAAACGUGAAUGCACAAACCAGAUAUUGAAGGCUGCAAUGGCAAUCAACAGCAAUGCUUUGGCUGAAAUGGAAGUUCCUGAGUCAUAUCUUGACUCGCUUCCAAAGAAUGGAAGAGCAUGCCUAGGUGAUGCGAUAUAUCGCUAUGUUACUUCAGAUCAAUUCUACCCAGAAUGCCUUCUUGAUUGCCUUGAUUUAUCCUCCGAACAUCAGGCUCUAGAUAUUGCCAACCAUGUCGAGGCAUCAAUCUACGUGUGGCGUCGGAGAGCAUUUGCCAAGCCUAUAAACAACCCAAGCCACACUGGUGCUAAAUCAUCCUGGGGCAUGGUCAAGGAUAUGAUGAUGGACACGGAGAAGAGAGAAUUGCUUGCUGAUAGGGCCGAGUGCCUCCUAUUAUGCUUGAAGCAGAGGUUCCCUGGUCUCACACAGACAACCUUGGAUAUGAGCAAAAUCCAGUUCAACAAGGAUGUUGGAAAGUCCAUUCUAGAAAGCUAUUCCAGAGUUCUGGAGAGCCUUGCGUUCAACAUUGUGGCUCGUAUUGAUGAUUUGCUUUAUGUCGACGACUUGAGCAAACACUCAGAUCAGUUCUCAUCGGUUCCCAUGGUCGGUGUUGUUGCUCACAAGAAAGUUCCACUUCCAUACUUGGUGCCUGCCGCAAACACUCCAUAUGCAUCUGCUUAUGCCGCACCUAGCAUCUCGCCCCCAGAUUUAAUAAGUUCUGCAAAGGGAGAGAGGACCCCAUUUAUCAGCAGAAAGUCUUAUAAUCGUGGAUUCGGCGUGAAAAAAGUUUUGACAGAUUAUCUUGGAGUUGAAGUGGGGGGGAAAAACACAAGCGAUAUGGUCGAGGUAUCAGCACCUGUAUCAAGCAUGAACCUGGAAGCCUCAGCUUCCUGAACGCCAUCCUAUUUCAGGUCCCUUGGAAUGUAAAACAAACACGUGAUGCUUCUCACGAGUGUUGUAGGAACAGAAUUCUCUGUGCUGGAUCGACAGUUGCAUAUUUGAGUGUGGUAUUGUAGCAAUUAGCAAGCAUUGUCCCAAAGCUGUAUGAAGAACACCGAGAGAGUAUCAUGUUACCGUUUGAAAACAAGUCUUUUAUUCUGCUUUUCUUUUCCCUGUUUUUUGGAAGGAAAUGUAUCUCUUGUAGCUGGGUGUGGCAUUUUCUAAGCAUGAAUCGAAAAGGAAUCUUAUAUCCUCAGGAAGAGUCUUGACACAUGAAUUAAGCCUUCUUUUGAAGGACUCA